CCGCGGUCGGUGCUGCCCCAGCCCGGGGCUCGCUGCGGGCGGAGGGGCCGCGCUGAGGGGCACGGGGGGUUCUGGCGAGUUCCUUGUGGCGGCUGCCCCCGUGUCCCCCCUGCGCUGGGAUGGCCGAGGGAGCGGCUGCCCGCGGGGCUGGCCCGGCGUGAACUUGAAGGUGCCUGGGAGCCCAAAGCGCUGCGGGCGCCGAGCGGGGGCGGAAAGCGCCGCAUCCUGCCUGCUCCGGGGCCGAGGCUUCUCGGCGCUGCCUCUGUGCCAGGAGCCGCUCCGCGUUCCGGCCAGGGAGCCACAGGCCGCGUGGCCGCUGCGAUAGAACUUAGUGCCAGUCUUGUCCUGCCUCCUCCCUUCCCAUCCCUUCUUUUUCCUUCUCUUCUGCAAUUUGAAGAGACCUCAGCUGCCUCCCUGCUUUAAGACUUUGUUGGAUCCUUUGUUUUCUGCCUUCUGGCUGCUGUGGGUGAAGGUCUGGCUUUGAGGAGCACACCCUGCUCCCUCUGCUCCAGAAACCAGUCUUGCAGUUAUCCCAAUCUCCUGCUGCUGCUGAGGGCUUCCUUAGGCUCUAGCUGAAAUGAAAAACAUCCAGGAAGCUUUUCACUUCUUGAGAUUAGAACAGUUUCUACAAGUCCUUGAGCUGUCAGCACGAUGGUGAAAAACGGACUAUGCAAAUGAAGGUUUUCCCCUUCUUUCCCCCACUCCAGGCCCUGUCCCCUCUCCCUUACUUUGUCAUCUCAACAAUUGCUAAGGAAACCUUUCUAAUCUUCUCAAUUGGCAAUGCAACUGCUCUUUAAUUUCGUUUUAAAUUAGUUUUAAAGUCAGGCUCUGCCUAUGGUAUUCAUUUUCAUUUUGGAUUAAGUUGUUGGUGCUUAACAGGCUCUGUGCUGCUCUAAAGCUUUUCUCCAAGGCUCAAAGAAUGACCCUGGUAGGGAGUGCAGGAGCGUUGUGCACUCCUUGUUUAGAAAUGGAGUGCAUUAAAAGAGGUUCCCUUAAAAGCCAUCUUGAGUAAGUGAAACUAAGGCAGUGGAAUUAUUUUGGGUGGCAAAUGUUCCAUUUAGAAUAGACCCACCCUGCCAGAAGCUGUUUGUCUAUGGUCAGUUCAUGCUCUGAUCAGUGCAGGGCCAGCCCCUCAAGAAAUGCAGGAGCCAAAGCCAGCCAGGAGAGGAAAAGACAGGAGCUGAGCUGGGAGAGCUGGACAGAGGAAAUCUCACAGAUGUGCCUGGAGCGUGGCCCUGCCCAGCAGCUUUUCUUACAGUUCAAUAUUCAAUAUUCAAAAAGCUACAAGCUGAUGCUCAGCACUUUGGGAUCUGGCUUGUAACUGCAGAGGGGAUGAGCUCCCUGACUGGAACUCGGGCAGUGGAGUGCCACAAGCCUGCAGCCAGAUUGCGUCUCCUUCAGCUUGAAUUCAAUUGGUGUUUUAGGGGUUUUUUUUAUUUGUUUUGCUCAUUGUUUUAUUUUUAAGCAUUCUUAGAGCUGCUGCAAGUGAAGGAAGAGAACAGAAGUAGGCUGGAGCACCACUGGCACAGUGAUUGAUAUUUUCCUCUUCUCCUUUUAAAAAUAUAUGUGGAUAACGUGAACUUUUUACCUCUGUGGUUUGGGACAAACACUCUUUUUUUCCCUUUCUUUGGAAGAGGUCUACAAUCUGAGACCCUGGGCCAAUGCUCCCUGCAUAUUUCCCAAAGUGCAGGAGCUGGAGUGUUUGCCAAAGCCUGGGCAGAAGGAUGGAGAACAUUCCUGUCAGAUUUCUCCUUCUCUUCCUGUGCCAGCAGGAGAAACCCAUCCUGGUUAAGGGUUUUGUUGCUGUGUGACAGUGUGCAGCUCAGAGCUCAAGCAGUGCCCAGGAGCAUUAAUUAUUGAAUCUGCAGUGCCCCCUCAGCCGUGUGAGCUCGGAGCAGGGCGCUGGGAAGUGGGGCCAUCCCAAUUUCGGGCAGUGGGACUCGGAGCUGGAGCGGUUUGGAGUCAGCACCGGAGCCUGAGCUGCCUCUGUGCUCAGAGAGGGGAGAGCCCUUCCUCUGCAGGGAAUGCUUUUCCACUCGGGAUUUCUCUCCUGGCAGCUCCAGUCUCGCCUCUUCCAGAGCAGAGCACACUGUGCCCCAGUGCUUUGCUGCUGGGAGCACUGGGAGAGAUCCUGGGAGCACUGGGAGGGAACUGGGAGCACAGGGAAUGCCAGGAGGGAACUGGGAGGGAUGGUGGAAGCAGCGGGAGUGAGCAAGAAGGAGCACUGGGAGGAUCUCAGGAGCCCUGGGCAGGAAUGGUGCUCCCAGUUCCUGCCCAGGGCUCUCCCCAUCCCUGCCGGGGCUUGCCAGGAAGAGGGACACUGGCAGGAAACGGGGAGGGAAGUGCUCAGCACUCUGCAAGGUGCAGCAGCCCCAGGGGUGAGCAGGGAGGAGGGGGAAGUGCCCCCAGUCCCUCCCCAGUGCCCCCAAAAAAGGAGGCAUUACGGGGAGAAAAGGGAUUUAAAAGGAGGGGGAAAGCUUUUCUGUAAUUGUGUUUGAACUGGGGAGGAUCCCCAUUCACCUGGGAUUUGAAGGGUUCCAUUUGAAGGAAAACACACCUUUUUCAUCAUUUUGGGUGCCUCCCUUGACAGGCAAUCACUGCUUGCCAUGAUUUCCAUGUUUAAAUGGAAGGCGAAAACGUUUAUGGUGCAGUUUCAAAAGGGCUUCACUUGAGAGGAACCCCUUGAUGAGCCAUUGUAAGAAUUCCAUCGAGGGAACCCUCCAUGUGAAGGGACCCUCACAGACAGAAAAGAUAGCCAAAAGCUCCCAUAAUGGUCUUUGUUGAGGGAAACUGCAUUUCCCCUCGUUUUCGUAGGCUAAAUUAAGGGGAAAUGACCCUUGAUUCACUUUUAAUUAAGAAAUUAAAUUAAUUUAUUUUAAUUAAUUAUUUAUAAAUUAUUUAAUGUGUUGCCUGUCCUCGGUGAGGAGGAGAGGCACAGAGCUGUUUUGCCGGCAGCGGGCCCCUGGCCCGGCCCAGCCCAGCCCAAGAAUACCUGCCAUGAUUCUCUGCUAAGACCCCCAGAAUCAGCUUCCCCGGGGCUGGGGUUCUUCAUCAGCUUUACAGCGUGGGGACUUGUACUUAGCGCGGAUUUUACGGAACGGGGGCGUCGCCGCCCUCGCGUCACCUCCACUCAUUACUUCGGCUUUCCUACACGCAUAAAAUUGAAAACGUCAAAAAUUCCGACAACACCUACACCGGCUCCGACCGGCGGAGGCAGCGGCCGCGGGAUCUGGCCGGGACCGGAGCGGCGGCGGCGCGUUCCUGUCCUCCGGCAGCGGCGGCACCCGGAGCUCGGCGGCCCCAGCCCAGGGUGCCAGCAGCGCGGCUGCAAAGCUGCUCCCGAGGCCGAGCUCCCAAAGGAUCUGUCAGCACUCCUGAUGUCUCUAGAGCAAGGUGCUGAGUGUUCCUGUCAGAGAGAUUCUGGCUGUGGGCUGGAGGAGAGUGAAUUCUGCUCCAUUCAUGGAGGUUUGAAGAAGCCCCAGCAGCCCCAGGAGGGACCAGCAGCCGGGGUUCCACACUCGCCUGGGGCACAAGGAGCCACUUGGCAUCAGCAGGGGGCUGCCACUUGUGAGCGAGCAGUGAGUGAAGAUGUGGAGAAUGGAUUCUGCACCAGGGAUGGGAGUGUGAGGGAGCCCCUGGAUCCCCAGGGCACAUCAGCAACCAGCACUGAACACAAAAGGGACCUCAGAAGAUUGCUGGGUGAAUGGUUCAGGAGCCAUCCCGUGGGCACGGCGCUGCUGAUUCUGCUGCUCCUGGUGCUGCUGCUGGCUUUGGGGGUGGCCUUGGCUGUGCUGGCAGCAGCAGCAGCAGCAGCAGCAGCAGCAGCAGCACAGGGUCUAGUCACACCUGCAACCCCGCAGUGCUGUCCUUUUGACUGGGUUGGCCACAAGGGGAUCUGCUACUACUUGUCAAGGGAUUCCAACACCUGGGAGCAGGCUGAGGAACGGUGCUCGGAGCUCGGGGCCUCCCUGGCCAUUCUGAAGGAUGAGGAGGAAAUGGGUUUGCUCUUCCGCCUCCGCGGGAACGGCGAUUACUGGCUCGGGCUGCGCAGACGGGGCGAGCGCCUGCACUGGGGGGACGGCAGCAGCUACAGCUCCCGCCUUUAACUCUGUUGCCCUCAAUCCGCUCUCGCUCUGUGGCUGGCACAGCCCGUUCAGCUCUUAGGCAGAAGGAUGCUUGCAAGCCAACAGGAUUUCUGAAGCAGCCCUAACCUGCAGCAGCAGGCUGCCAUCCAUCAGAAAGGAAAAGUGACUUGUGCAGCCUGAGGGAGCCGAGUGAUCUGCUGGCAGGAGACAUCAGGAAUGGAGAAGGUGAUUUCAGCUCUGCCCUUUGCUCUUCCUCCCCAUUAGACAGGAGAGGAUCCAGCACAUUCCAUCAGCCUUGGCUGCCUCAGGCCAGGAAAUCCCUGAGGAGACAAGGCCACCUCAGGGCAUCAGAUCCCACCUGAGAGAAGGAAAUGCUGAAAACCUCACCAUGGUCUCAGCCACUCAAAUGAGGAACUUUUCUGGUGGGUCCCCAAAACCAUUUCCAGCAAAGCCCAGCUGGUGUUGAAAAGUGCAUUCACAUUCAGGGGGCAAAACCAAUAAAGAGUCACUGAUAUCUGAGGUAAAACUAGGGUUCCAGAAAAGGAAAAUUUCUCUUUGUUUUCAACAGAGACAAAUUUUCAUCUUUUAAGCCCAAAUCCUCUCUGACACACAAAAGAACAUUAAAUAGAGAAACACUAUACUUCCAACUAGAAAUAUUUGGGUUUUUGGCAAUUCUAUUUGUACAUUAAGUGUGGCUGGAUGAGCACUGCUGAAGCACACAAAUACUAAGACUACUACUGAAAGUGCAGAAAUUACUGAAAAUUCUCUUCUACUGGCAGUAAGAGUAAACAUGUCUAAAGGUUUCUUUGUAUGGAAAGCACCUACAAUGAAUGGUUUCAACAUCAAAAUCAAGUGGAAAACAAUGAUUUCAGGUAAAGUGUUAAAAAUGAACACUGUGUUAUAGAUAUAGAAUAUGGUAUUGGCUUUUUGCAAAUAUUCAAAUAGAUUCUAUAUCUGUGAUGUUAAAGUGACUUUGUUAUAAGGAUAUAUUUUAUAUUUCUGUUGCUGACUAAAACUCAGAAAUAGCUGAUAGAGAUAUGCUUGUGCUAAAUUGCCUGCUUGGUUGAGAUAAUAUCCAAGGAACAUAUGAUAAGGAUCCUGCUACUCAUGUGCCAACUAUCAGCACUCAUCUUCUGAAGACAGUGUGGACCCAGACCCAAGAACUGAAGGUGAUUCUUGUUUCGGCUGAGACCCCUGGUGUGAGGACAUGAGGCUUGACUCCAUUUUCAUCAGAAGGCUGAUUUAUUAUGUUAUAUAUUAUAUUAAAAUACUACAAUAAAACUAAACUAAAAGAACAGAGAAGAAGAUCAGAAGGCUACCAAGACAAGAAUAGAAUAGGAAUCAAUAACAAAAUCCUGUGACUCUCACAGCCUUGGCACAGGUGGCUGUGAUUGGUCACUAAUUGAAAACAAUCCACAUGGACCAACGAAAGAUGCACCUGUUGCAUUCCACAGCAGCACACAGUUAUUGUUUACACUUCUUUCCUGAGGCUCUCAGCUCCUCAGGACAGGAAAAAUCGUAGCAGAGGAUUUUUCACUAAAAUAUCAUGGCUACAGCUGAUGAUAAAAUGGACUGAAGCCACAACCGAGAAAUGUGCUUGCUCUAAAAAGCAGGACCCGAGGAGGAGCCACACUAAACAGUUCUUGGAGCAUGUAAACCAGUUUGGGGAGAAGUUUAAACAUUCCCAGGCUGAUGCAACAGAAAUGCUGUAUAAAGCGUGUUCCCAAACUAGCAGGUGUGCUCUUGGCUGAGGGCCAAGGUGCACCUGGCUGGAACCUCUGCUCUGUUGUCUUUGUCUGUUAUUAAGCUCCUUCAUUAAACUUUU